AUGGUCAAGUUUUCAUCAAUGAGUAAUCAACAAUUCAAAUCAUCUGAUUUUAAAAUUUAUUAUGGAGAAUAUUUAUCACCAUUUGGCAAAUGUUUAAUUGGUUUAACUGGAGAUAAAAAAUCACUGUGUCAUUUGUGGUUUCUUGAUGAUAAUUUUAAAGAAGCAUUUGAAUUUAUGAAGAAUGAAUGGCCUGGUGUUCAACUUAUCAAAGAUAAUAAAUCAAUUGAAAAAAUAGCUAAAAUGGCAUUCUCUGAAGAUGACAAAGAAAAUCUUCAAGUGUUUCUUAAAGGUACAGAUUUUCAAGUUAAAGUUUGGAAAGAAUUGAUCAACAUACCAAGAGGAGAUACAAUUACAUAUUCAGAUGUUGCUAAACUUAUUGGUAAUCCAAAUGCAAUUAGAGCAACAGCUAAAGUCAUUGCUAUUAAUAGAAUUGCUUAUGUUAUUCCUUGUCAUCGAGUAUUGCCAAAAACUGGUAUCAGCAAAUAUCGCUGGACAACUGAUAGACGUUUGUCCAUAUUAAAUUUCGAAAAAAAUAUUAAUUAA